AUGCUGAAUAUGGUCAUAUCCGCUCACAUUCAAUCGCUCGACACUCCAUUAGCAUGCGAAAUUCUGCGCUAUCUUUAUGUAGAUAACGUGCUAAUGACUGCACACAAUGAAGAGAAAGCAGUCCAGAAAAAUCACGAGUCCAAAAAACUUUUCGCUGCACUCGGUAUGAACCUGAGAUCUUUCAUCAGCAAUGCAAGUGCAGUCAACGCACAGCUAGACGAAUCGACGCAGACGAACGCCUUGCGGUCCAAUGAAACUGCUUGGAGUGAGCUACAACCCAAUAGCAGACGUCUUCUCAUUCUCCAAAUUGAACCAAAGUUAACCAAGGAAUGGACCUCCAUCUCCAAGGGGAUGGAUGACGUUCGCAUAGAAGUUCCCAGAAUGAUGCUCCCUCAACAUUGGUGUGACGCGAUACCAGCUGUGGGUCUUUGCCGACGCAAGUAG